AUGCUCAAAACUCAUCAGAUUUCUAUUAUAAAUUGUCCUGAAUCCGUUCGUUCUGUGCUGCCGUCUUUACUCUCAGACUUGAGUCAGCCUGUUGUUUUCGAUUCUGUUGAAACAAUUGUUCCGUUCGCUCCCAUCAAUCUCAUCUUUGAUUCUCUCUCUGAUGCCGUGUCUGCUCUCGAAACUCUUUCUGCUCUACGCAUCAUGGGGAAACCAUUACGUUUAAAACCUUCAUUUGAUCCCAUCUCAAUGGAUUUGGGAAUUUACUAUCCUUCUAAUCCUGCAUUGCUUUAUAAAUAUCCUAAUCCAACUCCUGAGAUUUUACUAAAUAUAUCCACUGCAAUCAAAGCAGUCCCCGCUCUCUAUACUCAGGUCUUGCAUCUCAUGAACAAAAUGCAUCUGCCUCCGCCAUGGACUUGUUAUCCAUCCAUUAAUGAUCUUCCAAACAAACAAGAUAUAUGUUCCAAAACCAAGGCUACUUCAAACAAGAAUACAAUGUCUGACAGUUCAAAAAAACGAAAGAUUCAAAAUUCAUCCUUGGUUGAAAAUAGCAAUGCAUUCAAAGAAGAGUUUGAAAGUGAUUCUUCUGAUACUUUUCCCAUUGUACUUGAACCAGCUACGUGCAAACGCCAGAAAUUGAAUUCAAAAUGUGGAUCUGAUGGUAUCAAGUCAUCCAGCUACAAAUCUGUUGUAGCAUCCAAGAAACUCAACCAGCAUGCCAUCAACAUUUGUAUUCAUUCUCAAACGUGUGAUGAUAUUGCACUCGUAUCAAAUCAUUCAACAGUUCAGCCCAUCCAUCCCAUUGACACAAAUCUAUCCACAACAGAGACUGGCCCGAGCAACGUGGAACUGGAUGCUUUGUCUGUACUUGGUUCAGAUCGCUUGUUAAAAGCAUCACACUCUACGCUGCUUCAACUCCCUGCUUACAAAAACUAUAAUCAAGGAUCUCCUUCAAAAACAUUGUUCAUCAAGAAUAUCAAUUAUAAGCGUGUCUCGGAUUCACAACUGCUUAAUCUGUUUUCCAAAAUCCUUCCAUCUUCUAGUUUGCCAGAAAAUCGUAUAGAUGUGCGUUUGAUGAAAAAAGGCAAAAUGAAGGGCCAAGCCUUUGUAAAAUACGAAACAACCAAACUAGCUGAAACUGCCUUGAACCUUUUCCAUGGACUCAUUCUUGAAGAAAAACCAAUGGUUAUUCAAUUUGGCAAGGAAUAAGUUUGAACAUUCGUAUCCAUGGGUUUCAAGUUGUUUAAACCGGCUACUUUACUAGACAAUCAUCAAAAUCGUGAAUUGGGUUGGACUGACAGGUUUUUAAUCACGAUUAAUCAUCAAUUACCUGCCAUUCAUGUUGAAAUACACGAGUGAGCUAUUCCGAAUCAGUUUAAAUACACACCACUGCAUUGGCUUUAAAGUUUUUCAAAUUCGAGUAAAUCUGGCAAUUUACUGGGCAAUUGAUUUAGGUGUGUAUUCACGUAAAAUGUGAUAUUCAUAAGAGUGCCAGUAUAUAAUA